ACCUAAUCGAAAGUUCAUUUUGGACCUAAAAAUAUCGGAGAGAUGGCCUUAAAAAUUUUCAGAGAUGAUCCAUGAUAACACGAGUCAAUCUCAAUUUAUUUAACUCGUUUAUCACUCUUAAUAAUCGGGUCGGGUAAUUUUACAUCUACUAAUGAAUUGGGUCAUCGGUUUCCUCAAACGGGCCAAUCCGAUCCAUCAAUUCCAAUUUCCAACUAGUAUGUUACAACGGCAACGGCUCUCUCUCUCUCUCUCUCUUCGAUUCCAUGUUUCGAAGGCUCUCUCUCUCUUCAACUCUGGCUACUCUUGAGAUGGGUUAUAUUUUGAGAAAUUCCCCAUAACCACAAGUAGGAGUGGUCGAAGUGUUAGUUUGUUGCUCCGUCAUUGAAUGGGUCAAUUUGCAUGGGAAGGAUCUGGUAGAGCAGAUGCUGGGGAGGAAGAUGAAGCUUUGUUCCUCUCUUCAUCAAGUUGGGCACGUACAUUCUUUUGAAGUUGUUGCAUUUGUAUCUUCAACUGCUCAAGCUCAUGGAUGUGAGCCUCAACGAAACUGGUGGUAAUGUCAUUAGGAAUUUGGUUUGGGUCAGUGAACCUGUUGCAAAUCGACUCAAUGCUUGGAUGAGCGAAGGAGAAUGGCUUACCAGUUGGAGAGAAAAAGAUUAUGCCAAUAUCUACUCCACAUGUUGUACAAAGCUCACUUGCCUUCUUGAAAAUCCCAGCUUUACGCUUAGAGAAGUUUUUAUGUUCAACCACCUAAAAUGCAAAGAGAUUGCCUGCUAUCAAGUUCUGCUAAGCCCAAAGGAGCCAGAGAACAAUGUUACAUUCUUCUGGGGUCGAGCAAUGGCUGCAAGUAGUGAAGACAUCUGCUCUUCAAGUGAUACGUCAACCUUGACUAUAGUAGAAGAGUUCUGUCGAAGAGAAUGAAGCCACAUAGUCAACCGGGUUUUAGAAUUCCAAAAUCUUGUCACUUCCAUCAGGAUAGAAAGGUCAUCUUUGGGAAAAACGACGCAGUAGUUUCUUUCAGAGCACUUUCCGAAAUGUCAAAACCAAAUGAUUGUUUAUCCAACGAUGGAUUUUGCACAACAAAAUAAACUGACAUUUCCAAUACCAAAAGCAGCCUCCUGCCCCCAUUGAUUUUGCACCUUCUAACAUCUCAAGUAGAGAAUUCUCAUCAGGAUUUUCAUUCACUGGUUUAAAAAGAACUUUGAUUGAUGAAAUUUCUGCAGAUUUUGCAUUGUUUUAAUUGUGAGACUCCAUUUCCACUAAUUUUCUUAGGUGAGAUUCCUAGAAAAUCUUAUUCUAAUUUUCUAAUCUUUAAAAUCUCAGUACUUGAUUGUAUAAGUACCUGCUACAACACCAUAAAUCCCAUGCCUAAUACAUUUUACUGCUGUGAACAAUCAAUCCUAGCAACUUACAACUACAAACUAGUUUUCUUACAUAACAGCUCCUGAAAGCUUUGUUUUCCUUCCCCAAUUACAACCCCAAAACUUUACUUUUUUGUUAUCCAUGUACUAACCCUAUUUCUCUAUAUAGUUACAAAUGAAGAAUGGGUCAUUUGUGAUGUUAAAGAAAAAGUUGACACCUCACUUAACUGAAAUAUUCAACUUCUUUUAAUGGGGUGCUUGCUGAAUAUUUAUAAAAUCAAAAAUUAAUCUGGUUGGAAUUUUUUCACACUUUGACUUGAACAAUAAUUUCAGCCCAUGACUAUGUAUGUUCUUUGAAGACGAGGGAUGUGUGGCUUGUUGAAUGGCAUUAAUGCUUUCAUUAUUAUAUUAUGUUAUGAACUUGUGAUCCUUAUCCAAGUUGAGUGGUUGCUUGAGCUUAGCUUAUCUAGUGCACAAGCUUUGAGCUUUCCGUAAAGCUUGAUUCUUUCAAUCUGCAAAACAAGAUUGAUUUAUUGUGAUCAAGCUGAAAGCAAGAUGCGCAUGAGCAGUUUUUCAGCUCUCUCUCUGUCUCUCUCUCAAUCCUAAUGAGGUGUUAAUUGACAGAAUUCCAGUGUUGCAUCCCAUACCAGAGAGGUUGAGGAUCAUGACAUCACUUCUAAAUCAAAACCUAUUGCAGCUAAAGAGGGAGUUGGGCAAAUUAGGCUACAGUUUGUUAUGAGGCUAUCAAUUUUUUAUGGCUUUCUAUUGUGCUUCGUAAAUAGAUUUUAGACGUUCAAAAUCAUUGUUUCAAUUUUAGGCUACAGUUUGUUAUGAGGCUAUCAAUCUUUGUUAUGAGGCUAUCAUUGUUUCAAAAUCAUUGUUUCUGAGGGUAAGUAGCUUUCAUUUCCAUUUCAGAUCUUGCAAUGACUUUCCUUUGAAAUCCAAUGGUGUCUUCAGUAAAUUUGUCCAUAAUUUCUAUGUGUUCUAGGAAAGAAGAGAUGGGAGCUCAGCGAGUCUCAAGUGCAUGGAAGUAGAAAGUCAAGGAGAUAAACCGACUCUGGUUUGCAAGAAAGGUAGAUAAGGAUCAGAGCAAUUGCUACAAGAAACUUGAGAUGCAUACAUAAGGUGAAGAUUUCAGAAAGAUUACAG